UCACGUGCUCUACCGACUGAGUCAUCCAGGCGCCCCUAGUCACACCAUCAUUGUUUAUGUAGAGAACCUUAUGGAAUCUACAAACAAAACAAAACAAAACAAAAAACUAGAAUUGAUAGGAUUUUAGGAUGGUUACAGAAUAUACAUUUCUAUACACUAGCAACCAGCAGUUGGAAAUUGAAAUUAUUUCACAUAUUAUAGAAUGUCACCUGAAAAAAAAAAAAAAGAAUGUCACCUGAAUCCCUAAUAGAACAUUCCCAGGUUGGGCACAGAGGUCCCAAGUUGAGUCAAACUCAGACUUUUGCUUCCAACCCCCAGUGCCACUAUGAGGUUCACACCAUAACACUUUCUCUUCCUAUCCACACCCUGUUGCUGUUCAUGGAAGGGUUUAGGCUAUGGGUGUUGAUUAGACUGUCUAGGGAGAUUUUGCAAAGCAAGCAAAGGAAGGCUCUGAGGCAAGAGGCCUGGAUAAAAGCAGCACUGGGGGUAACUGGAGUUGGAAAUGAAGAGAGACAUGAAGGAAGCCAACGGAACAUGGCAGUCAAGCUGGUGGAAGAUUCCAGAGACCACCAAGCUAGCUCUUGGGAGCCUGUCCAUGGUGGUGCCCUCCUAGCCCGGCCAUGUGGCUGAUCCAAGAUGCCCAGGCCCAAGAGGAACAUGGAUGUGCCCAAACCCCAGAUGCAGAAACAGCCUCUACAUCUCUAGAAAGAGGCCAUGGCACACUCUGAUCCUUUGGAUAUAAUCCUGGGAGUAAUUCUUAGCCAGAGCCAAGGCCAUCAUUUCCUGCCACACUCUAGGUUCAGGGGGAUCUGGCUUUCCCACUGCCAUGAUGGCUCCACCAUCAAUCCCCAUCUACGACCCUGGGGAACAGAGAAUGGGACAGCCUGGUGCCCCUACCGCCCAGAGGAUGAAAAAGAAGCUUCUUCAGUAAAAGAUACAAGCUUCCAGGGAGGUGACUGGGGCGGGAAAACCUUCCCCAAGGCGUUGCUCAGUCCCUUCUGCAGAAGGAGUGGCCUAAGCCAACACCAGCUGGUACCAGAGGAAGAUGAGAUCGAGCAGGUCUCUGCCAAGAGGCAAGAGGAGGGGACAAAGGCAGGAGAGUGGGAUGGAGAAUUGGCCCCAGAAGGACCUCAGGGGCCAGGGGCCUCCUCAGCGUCAGUUGAAACUUUCCAGCUGAAGAAAGAAUUGCUAGAACUGGAGCCCCCACACAAAGUGGACCUGGUCCUGGAGCCAGAACUGGAGCUGGAGGUGGAGUCCGAGCCCAAGGACCCUGAGCAACCGGAGUCUAGGAUGGAGUCCCUCCAGCCCCCCACGCAGCAGGACGUCAGCCAGUGGAGUGUGAGGUCAAAUUCUAGCUACCUGAGUUCGGUAGAGGAGGACCAGGCGUCCACCAACCAUCGCUCUAUCUGCGUGCAGACCUCUAAGCACCUCUUCUGGGCAGACAAACACAUCCAGGCCUCAGAGCACAGCCUGGAGCGGGGGAUCAACAUGCAGAGUGGCAAGAACACAGGUAAGACCACUAGCUGUCAGGACCAGCAGUCUGACCCCAAGGACACCAUGUGCUCCAAGAAGCAGCUCCAGAACCCCAGUGCCCAGCCAGCUCCGCCCACCACCAACUCCCAGCAGCCCCCAAACCCCCACCCGUCCUCUUCCAGUCUCUCACCAGGCAUCGGCCUGGCAGAUCUGGUCAACUUUGCCUCUUCCUUGGCCGUGGCCUCCUCCAGCAAGAUGGACUUGCCCAACUUGGAGCAUAUGAUCAAAGCUCCACCUCAGAAGGUCGAGGCACCUUCUACAGAUCCCGAUAUCCAGCUGGCCAUGGACCAGCCAGAGAAGGAAAAGCUCAUUAAGGACUUGCUAGAGAAACCACUUAAAGCCGUGGAGUCACAGAAAGCUUGGAAGCAGGAAGACAAGAACUUCUUCCACCCUUACCUCGGCUUCAGCAAGCCGGGGAUCAAGAGGGCCAGCUUUGAAGGAGAAGUGAAGCUUCUCCAGCAACAGGCCAGGUCCCCUUCACCUAAAGGAGUCGUGAAAGGGGCCCCCAGCCCUGUCUUCUCCCUGCUUCCAAGGCCUCCACGGCAGCCUGGAAGACUGCCCGCACGGGACCCAGGAGAGCAGCGGCGCUGCGAUGUGCAGAAGGGGAGUCCUCAGCAGCCCACUGCCCCGCUGCCCCAGAGGGAGCCAGCAUCCGUCAAGGCCAUAGGGGCUGAGCAGGGCUCCCGAAGGCCCAGGGAGUUCAAGUGCCUUGCAGCUGCCAGCUCAGUGCAGUCAGGCUCCAGGUCUCAGAGCAGCUCUGCGGACGAGAAUCUGCUGCCCCUGACAGCCCGGCUGCUGGCGGCCUUCCAGGAGAUCUUCAAACUGUUCAGCUCCAGCCCGACAGGCACUGUGGACAUGCGCAGCAUGAAAGCCGCCCUGCGCAAUGUGGGCAUCCAGCUGAGCCCACAGGAGAUGUGUGAGGCUCUGCAGCAGGCAGACUUGGAUGGUGACGGAACUGUAAGCUUCAAAGACUUCCUGGGUGUCCUUACUGACAGCCACCGCCUGGCUCAGUGCCUGGGCCAGGUGAGGAACAGCCGGUUCUGUGACCCCCAGGGCCUGCAAACCCUGUUCUUAGAGAUGCUGUUCAAGUUGAUGAGCCAAGGCUUCUUGCCCCGCAAGGUGGUGCAGGAAGUGAUGAGCUACUACACCAAGAAGCAGCGGGCUCUGCGGCUGAACCCGGGCUGGAGGGGCCGCUCCCGCGGCCACACUGUCACCGUGCGCACUCACGCCGGCCUCACCUUCUUCUGCCAGGCCGCGCGCCUCAGCGGCCUCUCCGGCGCCGAGCUGGAGCGCUCGCUGCACAGACUGCACAAAGCGGGUGCGCGCAGCCCCUACUCUCAGAUACCUAACUUGGCGGGGCGGACACCCCCAGAAGACCGGAUGCGGCCCCGAGCCCCGCGCCCCGACGUCCGACUCCCCAGGCCCUGCCACCCCAGCCGCCACAAGCUCGCGCCCACCCGGAGGUCUCUCAGCCCGGAGUUCGUGGGCCAGCCACUAGACUAUCUGCGCCCCGCGAAGAUGACUCCCUCCCCCCCAACUCUAGUGCAGAAGCAGCCCUUCUCCCCUUCGCCAGCCUGUGUGCAGAAACCUGCUAUGAAAAAGUAAAGCGUUUGCGGAGCAAAACGGGCUGCGUGUGGUGGGGCGGGGCACAGAGCGGACGCGGAUCUUUUGCAAACAUCUUUAUUAAUCUUGUAUAAAAAUAAGGUCCAUGGAGAGUUCCCGGAGCUGGGGGUGGAGCGCGAGGUUGCACUUUAUAAGUUACAGGCCAGGCUCCGGCUGAGGCUAAGUAUGGCUAUUAGGGGGAGAGGGGUGCUGCAAGCAGCAUUUGGGGGAGGGGCCGGCGAUGCUGUCCCCCCCACGCCCCCGCGCCCGACCACUUGAGGUGGGACCAUCUCGGAGAACGGCGGCAGCAGCAGAGGGGGCUGCCCGGCCCAGCCGAGCUGAGGACCACCUUCCUUGAGCCCCUGAGCCCCAGCUUGCCACCCCCCCCCCCCACUGCCCACUGAGUCCAUCUGCCAGAAAGAGCGGUUACAGCGAGAGGUCCGAGGUGACCUGCAUGGGGGGUCCCGGGGGGCGCCGACGAGCACUUCUGCGGCCUGUGUCUGCACGGAUGUAGGGCUGGUUCCGCAGAUCUGGCAGCCAAGAGGAGAGACACUUACCUUCUGAAGUCUGCCCCGGGGCUAGGAGUCUGCCUCCCCAUUGUAGGGACCCAGGUGGUGUGCAUGUGGGAAGGGACCUAUGUUUACCAGACCCCGCUCAAGCACACCCCAGCCACGCAUGGCCCAAGGGAGGGUAGCAUGAUCCAGUCCCCCGACGGGCCCCCAGGGUUGUGGGCAGCUUCUGGGAUCACAGGCCAGGCUACCCAGGUACCUGGGGGCUAGAGAGGGAUCUCUUCUCCCAGGCUGGCCUCACAGAGGAGCCUGGACGUCCGCUUGCCAGUGCGGGCCGUGAAGGGCACCGUCUUGAGCACUGAGGGUUGGGAGGGAGGAGGGGGGAGAGAAAGGAAA